UCCUCCUCUUCCCGCGGAGCCGGCCCCACGUGCGCGCGCCGGGGUGGGCGUGCCGCUGCUCGCCGGCCGUGUCGUGUGCGGCGCGUACGUGUCGGAAGGAGAGUGGCUGGAGCUCGAGCUGGCCAUGUGCGGUCGGUCACUCGUGGCGCGCGCGCAUUGGCUGGUGGCGUAUCGCGGCGUUGCCGGGCAGGCCGUCUAUAAAUGAGCUGAUCCGAUCGAGCCCACCCUCCAUUGCAUUCCUCCCACCAAAAGCUUCGAUCCAAAAACCACUGGAAAAUCCAUCCCAUCCACCAAGCGCCUAGCCGAAUUCCUGAAGCCUCACACCGAUCCGAUGGGGAACUCGUACAGCGGCGGCGGCUCGUCGUCGUCCUCGGUGGCGGCGCUGGAAGUGCCGCUGCACCUGUGCUUCUUCCUGCUGGUGCUGCUCCUCUUCCUGGGCUUCUCGUGGUACACGAGCUACGAGUCGGCGGCGGAGUCGUUCGCCAACCAGGCGCGGAUCCUGCUCAUGGCGUCGCCGUUCGCGCUGCUGCUGGCGGUGCGCCUGCUGUCGAGCGUCGCGCCGGGCGAGGGCGGCGCGGCGCGGGGCGUGGGCGACCUGCUGGCGGUGCCCAUGCCCGAGCGGGACUCCAUCCAUCGCGCCGGUGGCUCGCCCUGGGGCGUCGGCCUCCUCCUCCUCCUGCUCCUCGUCAUGGUCUCCUACCAGUCCAACUUCCGGGAGAAGUGGUUCCCGCUCGCGAGCAGGUGAUUACGGUGGGUGAUCCAUGAUUCGGUGGAUUCCGGUUAGUGCCGGAUCGAUCGUUGUAAACAAACACCUGCGGAUUGUAGCGGCCGCACGCGAUGUUCUGGAUGGUUGUGCGUCUUCUCUUUCUGUAACUGUAAGUGUGAGUUGGCGGUAUUGCCAUGUCCGAUUGCCAAUGCAACGAGAAUCAACUGUUCCGUAUUC